GGGGUGUAAAAUUCUAUUUCUAAGAAUUUGAGAUCCAAUCUCAAUUUUAGUUAUUUUAUGAGUGAUACGAUACAAGACAUUAACCAAAAAAAAACACUCUUUCGAAAGGAGGCGGUUUUUGAAACUUUCGAGCUCCUUCUUCUCUCCGUCAUCGUUCCUCUCCCAUGGCUCAGUUUCUUCGACACUUCUCUUCCUCUCCCAUGGCGAACGAAGACGAAUUUCAAUCUCCGGUAGAACCAUCACAGCAAUCUCAAGACUGUGUUUCGGAGUCUUAUUUGAUAGGGUUUGUUAUCGCGAACAUAGUAGGGUUAAAGUACUACUCCGGCCGAAUCAACGGUCGAGAGAUGGUGGGUCUGGUUCGAGAACCCUUGAACCCAUAUGACAAUAACGCAAUCAGAGUACUCAACACGCGAUCAGAGCAAGUGGGUCACAUCGAGCGUACAGUAGCAGCAGUCCUCGCGCCGUUGAUUGAUUCUCACACGAUCAUCGUCGAAGGUAUUGUACCCAAUACUCGUUCUAACUCCAAUAGGUUUAAAAUUCCGUGUCAAAUUCACGUUUUUGCAAAGUUAGAAGCCUCCUCUACUGUGAAAUCGACGAUUUCUAGAGGUGGUUUAGUGUUGAUUUCGGACUCAGAUACAUCGUUUGGGUUAUCUGAGGCUGUUGUGGUUAAGGAACAGAUGGGUAAGGGAGAUAAGAAGAGUGUUGACAAGAUUUUCAAACUGGUUGAUGAGAAUGUGAAGUUAAAGGGGAAAUUGGUAGCGGCUGAGCCACCGAGGGAAGUGAUAAAGUCUGAACUUUUUGCUCAUCAGAAGGAAGGAUUGGGCUGGUUACUCCAGAGAGAGAAAUCUGGAGAGUUGCCUCCGUUUUGGGAGGAGAAAGAUGGAGAAUUCCUGAAUACUUUGACGAAUUACCGCUCGGAUAAGCGGCCUGAACCUUUGCGUGGAGGGGUGUUUGCUGAUGAUAUGGGGUUGGGUAAGACCCUUACUUUGCUUUCCUUGAUAGCUUUUGAUAGAUAUGGCAAUGCAUCCACCAGUACGCCAACCGAAGAACCUUUGGAUGUUGAAGGAGACAAGAUUGAAAAGAAGGGUAAGAAAAGAGGAAGAGGCAAGAGCAGUGAAAGUAGAACUCGAAAGAAGCUUAAACCUGAUGAUUUUGUUGGCACGAAUGUGUCUCAAAAGACAACGUUGGUCGUUUGUCCGCCUUCUGUGAUUUCAGCAUGGAUUACACAGUUAGAGGAGCAUACUGUACAGGGAAGCUUGAAGGUGUAUAUGUAUCAUGGUGGCGAAAGGACAGACGAUGUUAAUGAGCUAAUGAAUUAUGAUAUAGUGCUGACUACUUACAGCACUUUAGCUGUUGAGGAAUCGUGGGAAGAUUCUCCUGUCAAGAAGAUGGAGUGGCUGAGAAUAAUUCUUGAUGAGGCACACACCAUUAAGAAUGCAAACGCUCAACAGAGCCGAGUAGUUAGUAAGUUGAAGGCUUCUCGCAGAUGGGCAGUCACAGGAACUCCUAUUCAGAAUGGUUCAUUUGAUUUGUACUCUUUGAUGGCGUUUCUCCGGUUUGAGCCAUUUUCGAUUAAGAGUUAUUGGCAAAGCUUGAUACAACGCCCGCUUGGUCAAGGGAAUAAAAAGGGUCUUUCACGUCUGCAGGUUUUAAUGGCGACAAUUUCAUUAAGGAGAACAAAAGAAAAGAGUUUGAUUGGUUUACCGCCUAAGACUGUUGAAACUUGUUAUGUUGAGCUUUCUCCAGAAGAACGUCAGUUAUAUGAUCACAUGGAAGGAGAAGCGAAAGGUGUUGUGCAGAAUCUUAUAAAUAAUGGAAGCUUGAUGCGCAACUACUCAACAGUUUUAAGUAUAAUCUUACGGCUUAGACAACUUUGCGACGACAUUUCUCUAUGCCCUCCAGAAUUAAGAUCUUUUACCACUUCUACAUCUGUCGAAGAUGUAGCAGAUAAGCCAGAGCUUCUGCAAAAGCUGGUUGCAGUAUUGCAAGAUGGCGAAGAUUUUGACUGUCCAAUUUGCAUUUCACCACCAACAAACAUCAUCAUCACUCGAUGUGCUCACAUCUUUUGCAGGGCUUGUAUCCUUCAAACCCUUCAAAGAAGUAAACCAUUGUGCCCUCUUUGUCGUGGCUCCCUUACUCAGUCUGAUCUCUACAAUGCUCCGCCGCCUCCUCCGGAUGAUUCCAACACCGACGGAGAAGACACCAAAUCUUCAACCAAAUCCUCAAAGGUCUCAGCUUUACUAUCGCUGCUCAUCGCAUCGAGACAAGAAAGCCCCAACACAAAGUCUGUUGUGUUCUCUCAAUUCAGGAAGAUGCUGCUUCUACUAGAAACUCCACUAAAAGCUGCGGGUUUCACCAUCUUACGCUUGGAUGGAGCAAUGACUGUGAAGAAACGGACCCAAGUCAUUGGAGAAUUUGGGAAUCCGGAGUUAACCGGACCUGUGGUGUUGCUAGCGAGCCUCAAGGCCUCUGGUGCUGGCAUAAACCUAACUGCAGCAUCAAGGGUUUACUUGUUGGACCCGUGGUGGAACCCUGCAGUUGAAGAACAGGCCAUGGACAGGAUUCAUAGGAUUGGGCAGAAACAAGAGGUUAAAAUGAUAAGGAUGAUUGCGAGAAACAGUAUCGAAGAGAGGGUCCUUGAACUUCAGCAGAAGAAGAAGAAUCUAGCUAACGAAGCUUUUAAAAGAAGGCAAAAGAAAGAUGAAAGAGAGGUUAACGUUGAAGACGUGAUUGCUCUCAUGUCUCUCUGAAACCCUCAAGCAUUGCUUAGCUCCUUAACCGGAUUUUUUCUGUUC